UUUAAAGAUGCAUGAGACGUCUUGAUCCACGGAGAAUAGGGAUGGAGGCUCUGUCAGAGAAAGUAUUCCUGUGUCAGAGAGUGAAAGUGAGGAAGAGGAAAGGUUUCCACUGAUGAUAGUGAAGUUGCCAGUGGCAGUGAGGGCCCUGAGGCCUCCGCCUGCCGAAUGAACCCCGUCAGCGUCGGGGAGUACCACGGGCUGCGGGUGGGCUCGUCCCUGCUCGGCAUCGUGGCGGGCUGCAUCAUCAUCGGGGUGUCCAGGGAGUGUGACGCCGAUGCUGUAGGAGGGAUCUUCCUGGGAGCGGGAGGCCUCGGUGAGUGCCUGCUCAUAGCAAUCUACCCCUUCAUUAAAGCCUGGCUGAACAUCAACAAUAUUCUUCCAUCCUUUGGAAACUUCAGAGUGCACCCCACUGCCAAUGUCGCUCCCGAUCAACUUGUAGAGACAAUAAGAAGAGAAGGGACUCAGAGUCAACUCAACCUGGAGCGCUCCAAGAGUCGAAUGGGAACCUUUUUGGAGGGCGGACCGAUGGCUGAGGCCAACCCAGAUGAAGGGACUUCAGACCUGCCAGACGUCUUAUCUAGACGGAAACUUAAGCAGCCUACUGGAGACCAAGACCUGCCAUGACGUCAACAUAUGCCCAACCUUGCUAAACCUUCUUUCUUAGGUUUCUUUAAAAGAAGAUGAUCUCUUGUAGACCUCUUAUCUCCUAAACUUGCUCGCUUGUCGAGAUUGU